AUGGGUACCAGUGGGAAUAAUGCUGGGUUUGACUGGUGGAGACGAACCAUGCAGUACAAGACUGGUAUAGGCUUGACGCCGGAGGAGAAAACUCGAUACGAAGAAGACUCUAAAGCUCGAGCACUGAAAAAAGAAUGUCUGAAGUGUUAUGAGCAUCGAGAUUGGAUGCUUAAAUACUCUCCUACUGUUCGUUUUAUGGUACAGGCCAUCAGGAAACUGAAUAAGGGUAGCGAUAGUAAAUUCGACGAUUCGAAGAUCAUUUGCGAUUACUGCCCUGAUUGGAAGGGUGGUGGCUUUCAUCCUGAGUUGGGAAUCCUGUUAUGUCAGAACAGAUUACGUGAUAAAUGGCAUCUAGAAGAUACACUGUCGCAUGAAUUAAUUCAUUAUUUCGAUGAUUUAAAAUGGCAAGUAGAUUGGUUAAAUCUGAAACAUCAUGCAUGUUCGGAAAUCAGGGCCUCCUCAUUAAGUGGGGAAUGUAGGUUUUGGGAAGAGUUUAAGAGGAGAGGGUUUCGCACAGGAUUCCAUGUGGCAAGAGGUCACCAAGAUUGUGUGAGAAGGAGGGCUGUAAUUAGUGUUUCAGGGAAUCCCAACUGUAAAAGCAAGGAACAUGCAGCAAAAAUAGUGGAUGAAGUUUGGGACAGUUGCUUCGCUGAUACAAGGCCGUUUGAUGAGAUUUACAGAUGA